AAUAUAAUAUAAUUAUAUUUUAAUUUUGCGUUAAAAUAUUAAUUAUAUUUGGCGGUAAAAUUUGUAACAUUGAUAGAACAACAUAAAUUCCUUCAUGUUGCAGCCAAUGAAAACAGAGAAUAUUUUUCAAUUGGCCAAUGAACAGCCUCCGAAAGAACGAAUCCCCUUUUCGUAUCGAUGAAGGAAUUAACAAAUAGUUUCAACCAAGGUUUCAACUGUGUUGGCAGUAAGAAUUAUAUUUUAUUCAUUUAUAUUUUAUUUGAUUGGCUACAAUGUAUCACUGUUUUGUAUUAUUUUCAAUUCGUUAAUGAUUUGUUAAUAGAUCGCACAAGUACAUCAGGACAUUUCACUUUUCUUAUUUUAUUUCUAUCCACAACAAAUCAUAUAUUGAAUCUAACAUUUGUAUCACACUUAAAAUAAUUGCUACAAAAAUAAUAUUAAUAGACGAAUCCAGAAAAAUAUUCUUUUCAAAAAAUAUUCCUGUCCUUUCGUAACAUGGAGAGAUUCACCAACCACAGUACGGUUAAUCGAACAAAAUUUAACGUAUCGAACUUCCGAAGGAAUGGCGUUGGAAAGGAAUACGAUCGAAUACUAGUAAAUAAGAGGAAGAAGAAAAGGUGAAAAAAAUGUUGGAGAAAGAGAAAGAAGGAAUUUCCUUCUCGGAGGUGAAGGAGUAGGAGGAGGAGGAGGAGGAGAAAGAGAAAGAGAGUAAACUUAACUUGCGAGGGGUAGUGGUCAAAGAGCGUUGAGUAGCUGACAAAGAGAUGACCAAAGGGAAGAGAAAGAGAUAAAAAGAUAAAAAGAGGUAGGGUGAAAUAGAAGAGGAAGGCUCGUUAAAGACAGGAGGGUCGAAUAAGCUCGUCUGAGGGGUGGCGAUAUCAGAGUGGGGUGGCCGGCCGAUUGUAGGAAUGGUGAGGGAAGACGGAUGAAGCGCAGUACCGGUGCGUGCGGUGAAGAGACAUAGUUAGGAGUGGGGGAGAAAGUGCACAGCUGGGUCGAAGGCAGUGAGUGGUGGGGGAAGUCGUUGUCCUCGGUAUCUUCACGCGAGUCACGAGCGGCUCGUCAGUUCGACGCGGAACGCGUUCCCGUUCGCAUCCUUGUGUUUUUGAUAUUUCUUUCUCCCUAUUUAUUUCUUCAUCUCUCUCUCGUUCUUGCACACGUCGUUCUCGGUCUCGCUCGUACUCACUCAUAUUCACCCUCUACCCAUACACCUUAGAUAUAUCGCUCGGUCUAUCUCACUCCUUUCCAGUUCCCCGGUUUCUUUGUUUCUCUCCUCGUUUUCACGAGGGAGAGCCAUCACACACGCAUUCGGAGGGCCGCUCCUGUGACACGUAAUGGUGCGCGCGAUUCAUAUCUGAGCGAACGCACUGUACGCGAGGAACGCUCCGCCCUAUGAACGAGUUGAGAGAGUCCAGUAUCAAGAAGGAAGGAAAGGACGCUUGUGGCAAUUCUGGUUUCGUUCUCCGAAGUUGCCGUCGGUGCUAUUGCUGUUACUGCUGCUGCUGCUGCUACACCUUGCAUUGAUAUCGCGAAGCAGCAGUCGAUCGUCGAGAGUACCUAAACAGCAACAGCAACAGCAACAACAACAAGAAGAAUAAGAAUAAGCAGUAGAAGAAGUAGAAGAAGGAAGAGGAAGGAAGAGGAGAAGGAUAGAACCGGUUGAAAAAGACGUUCGAGGUGGAAGAAAGGAAAAGGAGAAGGAAGAGGAGGAGGAGGAGGUGGAGGAGGGGGAGGGAAUGGAGGAAGAGGAGUGAAGGGGAAAGAAAGAAGAAGGAUCGAAAGGUUGAGCGACCCUGAAAGGGGUAGGAGAAGGUGGACGAAGUGGAGGAGGUGAAGAAGACGAAGAAGAAGAAGAAGAGGAAGAAGGGGGGUAAGGUGAAAGAGGAGAAAGAGGAGGAGAUGAGCUCGGUGGGUGACUCGACAAGUGCGGUGCUUGGCUGCUCGACGAAAGGCACCAGAUAGCGCCAUUAAAAUAAGAAAAUACGAAUAAGAGGAAGAAUAGUUGCUGGGACGAGAAGAAACGUGCGAUGCCUUGCCGUUGUUCCUCCCAGGAAGAGGGGGAAGAGGAAGAGGAAGAAGAAGAAGAAGAAGAKGGAAAGGAUGAGGCCCACAACAGGCCCCGUCGUCGUCGUCGACGAAGAAGACGAAGAUCUUACUGCUGUUACUUACUCUUCACUUUUCCUCUCGCAUUCCUCCUCUCGUCUCUUCCAAUCACUGACGGUUUGCCGUUUCAUCCUCUGCCGACUCACAAAGGGAUAACACGUAGAUCAUACAUCAGAUACUACGAGCCAGCUUCUUAUGACACGAUAUCCUUGAAACGUCAUCGCGACAGGACGCGUCGUGACAUCUCCGAUUCUACCGAAAAUCAACCACUCAUUUUACGCUUGAAAGCAUUGGAUAGAUUGUGGACGAUACGAUUGAUUCGCGAUGACAACAUUUUUAGUAAAGACGUAACAUUUGAAGGCACUCAUGGUUCUAUACCAUUCGACAUUUCUCAUUCAUACGCUGGCACCGUUCUUGAAGAUGAAAACGCAGUGGUACAGGGUGUGGUGACGACCGAUGGAUUGUUCGACGGUACCAUUGCAACCAAAUUCGAAGAGUUUUAUAUCGAACCAACUGCGAGAUAUUUGGAUGAGAACGAAGACACGUCUCCAACUUAUCAUAGCAUCGCUUAUCGUACAUCCGAUGUAACCGUACCACCGCAUCCAUUACCAUGUGCGAGUCAUCAAUUACACGAAGGCUCUCUUCAGGACACAUUUGAUAGAGCCAAGACUAACAAUGAUACUUCAGAAGGAUUUUACGAGCCCUUGUUGGAUAAUAAAAUUGGUCUCUACUCUAAAGAAACUAAUGGGAGAAUAUUGAAUUUAGAAACGAAAAGCGAAGCUCGUUAUUACGACAGAUCCAACAGCGGAGAUCGAAUAGCCAGACAUUUACACAAACGUGCAACAGUAGAUCCACGUAAAACAACUUGCAUGCUUUACUUGCAAGCAGAUCAUCAGUUUUUUGCUAGAUAUGGCACGGAGGAAGCUUGCAUCGAAGUGAUGACGAGGCAUGUACAGAAGGUCAACUCAAUAUACAAACACACGGAUUUCAAUCAGGAUGGUAGACCGGACAACAUCAGUUUCAUGAUAAAACGUGUGAAAGUUCAUAGCGAGGAUGCUUUGAGAGAUCACAAUUAUCGAUUUCCUGGUAAUUACGGUGUCGAGAAGUAUCUAGAAUUAUUUUCCGAGGAAGAUUACGACGCGUUUUGUUUGGCUUACAUGUUCACGUAUCGGGAUUUUGAAAUGGGAACGUUAGGUCUUGCUUGGACUGGAGAUUUGAAGAAUGCUGGUGGAGUUUGCGAAAAGAACGGGCAUUAUCGUGGUAGCAUGAAGUCCUUGAAUACUGGAAUAGUGACCCUGCUGAACUACGGAAAGCACGUUCCACCCGCGGUAUCUCACGUCACAUUGGCUCACGAGAUCGGUCACAAUUUCGGUUCGCCGCACGAUCCGGAACAAUGCACACCAGGAGGCGAAGAUGGAAAUUUCAUAAUGUUCGCCCGUGCCACCAGCGGCGAUAAGCGUAACAACAAUCGCUUCAGUCCGUGUAGUUUGAACGCCAUAAAUCCUGUUCUCAACAGUAAAGCUCGUUCACCAAAAGGCUGUUUCACAGAACCACAAGUAUCAUUGUGCGGGAACGGAGUAGUCGAGGAUGGCGAGCAAUGCGAUUGCGGAUGGGAAGAAGAUUGCAGAGAUACUUGUUGUUUCCCCCAACGUCGUUAUCCCCCAACAGAAGAGACCCCCUGUACACUUACACCACGUUCAGUGUGCAGUCCUAGUCAAGGUCCAUGCUGUACUGCUGAAUGCAAUCUUAGGUUUGGGGAUAAGUGUAGGGAUGACAACGGUUGUCGUGAUGCUAGCUUCUGUGACGGAAGAUCACCCUAUUGUCCUCCUUCAAUCAAUAAACCCAAUAAGACUAUUUGCAAUCGGGAAUUGGUUUGCUUCAUGGGCGAAUGUACUGGAAGCAUUUGUCUUGCAUAUGGAUUAGAAUCUUGUCAAUGUAUUCCUGGUCCUAAUGAUCCUACAACUAAAGCUUGCGAACUCUGUUGUCGUUUACCGGGUGAAAAUCAACCAUGUUUGUCAUCAUUUGAUUGGAAUUCACCACCGUAUGAUAUUCCGGAUAUGUUCUCAAAGCCUGGAACACCCUGUAAUGAUUACAACGGUUACUGUGACGUCUUUCAAAAGUGUAGAGAAGUUGAUCCGAGUGGUCCGUUAGCAACGUUAAGAAAACUUUUAUUAUCCGACGAAAGUCUUGCAACUGUUCGUCGUUGGGUAGCCGAUCAUUGGUACGCAACAGCUCUGAUCAUUUUAGGAGCUGUAUCAUUAUUGAUCGCCAGUAUGAGGCUCCUAGGCAAGCGACCGGAUCAGAAGCUCAAAUCGGUGACAAUAAUCCACAGCUCGACGACGGAAACGGUACGGUUGCCUCCGGAAGGUGCGGAGGGAGUGACAGUUCAUCCGGCAGCCGUUCGUGCAAAGCUUCCAUUGAACAGGAAAGUGAGAGAGAAGAGAAGACACCGGAAGCAUAAGGACACGCAUGUUGCUCCUGCCGAUAAAUCAAACAAGGAUGUUCUAAAGAAAAAGAAGCCAGCUCAAGCUCGGAGAUCUUCAACCGUGCCGUCAGAGGAAGUUACUCGAAAACGACAAACGGAAACGACAACAGCAAACACAACCGCUGUUACAGUUACUGCAGCAACAGCAACAGCGGCAACGGCAGCAACAACAGCAGCAGCAACAGCGAUAGCAACAGGCGUAAUGGUGGUGCAAGAUAGUAAACGUAAGAAAACUUCUAAUUCAAGAGAGAAACAAAAUUCGAAUAACAACGGAGCCAACAAUUCGGACGUUGACAAACGUAAACGUAAGAAACAACAUAGGAAGGAAGUUAUUGAUUAUUCCGCGAUACAAGCGGAAAAAGAAUCCGAACCGAAUGCCGAUCCCAAGAAUAAAGUACGAUCGUGGUUGUUAGCUUCCUCUCAGUGUAGACCGGAUAACACAAGAACAUCCAGUGGUUUACCAAAAAGCAAAUCGACACCGGUUGGAUUGACGACCGGUGGUAACGUAAGUGGUGCGACGAGAUUAGCUCAAUCAAGGCAAAACGGUGUACCAAGGCGACCACUGGACUCGAGAGAGGUCAAAAGUUCGCCAGGUACUUUAGCUAGGAAGGAACGUGCCAGACUUCAAGUCGUCUAUAAGCCACCCUUCAAGUUUAGCGUGAAACUACGUAAGGCCGAUAAAGUGGCUCAAGUGCCAGCGCCUGCGCCAACUUCGGCCCACAAUAAUCUAACGAGAUCCACGAAAUUGCCGAGAACUGGAGUGUUACUUAAAACUAAGAGAAGGGACAGAGUUAGAAUUGGUAGAGCCAGGCAGAUCGCUCCUACUGGAAUUGGAAACGACAGUGGGGAUUUACCGGAGCCUGCUAAUUCGGAUCUGCAUACGGUACCCUCAGAUUUAGAGGUUUUACUCUCUGAAAGUGAAUUUCUUUUUUCGAACACGUGACCCCAAAAAUUUAUGAUUAUUCCUAUCAAAAAGUUAACAUUAUUACAAUAACUAUAGCAUUUAUCCUUAUCCAGCAGAUGAAUAUUUCAUUUUUUUAAAUGCGUUAAAUCGGCUAACAAGAAAUGCUGCCUUAGAUUUCUUUUACUUUUUUUCUUUCUUUUUAUUAUUAUUAUUAUUUUUAUUUUUAUUUGUCCCCUAUUUGUCUUCCGAGUUAGGAGUAAGUUUUAAAAAAAAAAAACAAUCAAGUGUCCAUUGAAUGGAUAUUUAAAAAAAAAAAGGUCGUAUUUUAAAGUGUUUAGUAAAAGCUAUUAAA